AUGGGCGUCAUCUGGGAUCUUCUUGAGCGGGCAGCCUGCCUUGCUGUCACUGCUGUCGCUCUUUUGGAGGGCCGCGCUGGUGCCACUUUCCAAGGCACGCCCUCGGUCUUGACCGAGCAAGGUCUUGUCAAGGGAUUUGUGGAGAACGGCACCAAUGUUUUCCUGGGAAUCCCUUUUGCGCAGUCGACUGCUGGUGAGAAUCGGUGGAAGGCUCCUCAGAGCUUGGGCAAGUCCGCCACGGCUGAAUUCGAUGCGACCUCCUAUGGCCCUUCCUGUGCGCAGGCUAUGUCCGGCAGCGCCAUCGUUGCUCAGGGCGAGGACUGCUUGAACCUGAAUAUCUGGACCCCUCAGAAUGGCUCUAACCUUCCCGUCUUUGUCUACAUCUAUGGCGGUGCAAUGGUUACUGGUGGCAACAGCAAUGCUCAGUGGCAAGGAUACAACUUCGCUCGCAAGGAUGUGAUCUACGUGAACGUUAACUACCGUGAGAGCAUUUAUGCUUCUCCCUACGCUCCCGAGCUCGAAGGCCAAUCGCAGAACUUUGGCAUUCUCGAUGUCGAGAUGGCCUUGCAGUGGGUUUACGACAACAUCAGAGGUGGUCACUCCUCCGGCGCUGUUCAUGUAAGUAAUUCACAAAUCCUUCGGUUCCAAUGGCCAUUCGACGCGGAAGAUUGUCCCGGUGGCUAA